UUUCAGAUUCCGUUAUCAUAGCCGGUGCCAUGGGGACGGAGGCAACAGAGACGCCGAACACGGUGGACCAACUGCUGGAAAACGACGAGAUCUCUCCGAUAGAGGAAGUCCGGCUAACGGUGUCCACGACGGACGACGUGUCGCAACCAGUAUGGACAUUUAGGAUGUGGUCACUAGGGCUGUUAUCCUGUUGCGCCAUGUCGUUUGUGAACCAGUUCUUCAGUUACCGUAAAGAGCCACUGGUGAUCACUCAGAUCACCGUCCUCGUAGCGUCGCUCCCGAUCGGACGGUUCAUGGCCUCCGUUCUUCCCACCAGAAAGUUCCGGAUCCCCGGGUUCGGGUCUAAAGAGUUCUCGUUCAACCCGGGUCCGUUCAACAUGAAGGAGCACGUGCUUAUUUCUAUCUUUGCCAAUGCUGGAAGCGCUUUUGGCAGCGGGUCGGCGUAUGCGGUGGGCAUUGUGACCAUUAUCAAGGUCUUUUAUUGGAGGAGCAUCUCUUUCUUUACCUCGUGGCUUCUAGUUAUCACUACACAGGUAUUGGGUUAUGGGUGGGCGGGGUUGUUGAGGAAGUACGUGGUGGAGCCGGCGCAUAUGUGGUGGCCAAACACUCUCGUACAGAUUUCCCUUUUCCGGACACUACACGAGGCAGAAGAGGAAGGGGAAAAACGAAUGACACGUGUCAAAUUCUUCAUAAUAGCACUAGCAGGCAGUUUCACAUGGUACAUGUUCCCAGGCUAUAUCUUCCAGACGCUUCAAAGCAUAUCAUGGGUCUGUUGGGCCUUCCCCCACUCAGUAACGGCCCACCAAAUCGGGUCGGGUUUCUCCGGUCUCGGGUUCGGAGCCUUCUCUCUGGACUGGUCCACUGUGGCUUCGUUCUUGGGUAGCCCUCUGAUCAGCCCGUUCUUCGCCAUCGUCAACAUCUUUGUCGGCUACGUGGCGCUCAUCUACGUGGUGAUGCCUAUUGCCUACUGGGGCUUCAAUGUCUUCAACGCCAAGACGUUCCCCAUAUUCUCCGCCGAUUUGUUCACUUCCGACGGGCAGGUGUAUAAUAUAACCUCCAUUGUCAACGACAGGUUCGAGCUCAACCAGCAGGCGUACGGGCAGGUUGGAAGGGUCAGUUUGAGCUCCUUCUUCGCUAUCACUUAUGGAUUCGGUUUUGCUGCCAUCGUCGCUACUCUCACUCACGUUGCCUUGUUUCAUGGCAGGGAGAUUGUACAAAAAUUCCGAGCAUCUUCAAAAGGAAGGGAAGACAUCCACACGAGGCUAAUGAGGAGCUACAGGGACAUUCCAGCGUGGUGGUUUCAUAUACUUCUAUUUGUAGCAAUCGCCGCCUCCCUUGCGCUCUGCAUUUUCUUGAAGAAGGAGGUUCAGUUGCCUUGGUGGGGUCUUCUUUUUGCAGCCGCCCUGGCCUUCAUUUUCACUCUCCCAAUAAGCAUUAUCACAGCCACCACUAAUCAGACUCCAGGCCUGAAUAUAAUAACAGAGUAUCUGAUGGGAAUCAUAUUGCCUGGAAGGCCAAUAGCCAACGUGUGCUUCAAGACUUAUGGAUAUAUAAGCAUGGCUCAGGCCGUUAGCUUUCUAAGUGAUUUUAAAUUAGGACAUUACAUGAAAAUCCCUCCAAGAUCUAUGUUCCUUGUUCAGCUGAUUGGCACAAUAAUAGCGGGGACAGUGAACAUCAGCGUUGCAUGGUGGCUUUUAUCCACCGUGGACAGCAUAUGCCAUCAGAGCGCUUCCUCGAACAGCCCCUGGACUUGCCCGAGUGACCGCGUGUUUUUCGACGCGUCGGUCAUAUGGGGCUUGGUCGGCCCAAAGCGAAUAUUCGGAUCCCAAGGGAACUACCCAACUCUCAACUGGUUUUUCCUCGGCGGCUUCCUCGGCCCCCUUCUCGUCUAUGUCCUCCACCGAUUUUUCCCCAACCAAACCUGGAUUCCUCUCAUCAACCUCCCCGUCCUCUUCGGCGCCACCGCUUACAUGCCCCCAGCCACGCCGGUUAAUUACAACUCCUGGCUAUUAGUCGGCACGAUCUUUAAUUACUUCGUCUUCCGGUACCGGAAGAGAUGGUGGCAACGGUAUAACUAUAUUCUGUCGGCGGCGUUGGACGCCGGCGUGGCGUUCAUGGCGGUGCUUAUUCACUUUACAUUGGGUGUUCGAAAUGUGCAUAUGAAUUGGUGGGGCUCCAAUCCUGUUGAUACGGAUCACUGUUUGCUUGCCAGUUGCCCCACCGCUAGAGGCGUGGUGGUUGACGGCUGCCCCGUAUUUUAA